AUGGAAGAAGAUAAUAUAAGAAUAAAAAUAAAAAGUAUAAAUAAUGAAGAACAUGAAUUAUGUGUAAAACAAAGUAUGAAUACAGAAGAAUUAAAAAGUAUAUUAGCUGAGAAAAAAAAUGUAAAUAAAAAUGAUAUAAGAUUAAUAUAUCAAGGUCAAUGUUUAUCAAAUGAAAAAACAAUUUCAGAUUAUAAUAUACAAAAUGAUCAUAUAAUCCAUUUAGUUGUUAGAAAAAGAGAUAAUGCAAAUAAUGAUGGUGACAAUAAAAAUGAUAGUACAAAUGCAAAUAGAAUUAAUGAUAAUAUAAAUGAUCCUCUAAAUAUUAAUUUCGCUUCUAGUAUGAAUCAAAACAACAGUAGUAGUACCAAUACUAAUAAUAAUGCUUCUCCUUUUUACUUUACUCAUAUGAGAUUGACUAGGAAUGAUAAUUUAGAAAAUGAUUUAAUGGGGCAAAGUAAUAUAUAUUCAUUAUUAAAUGAUAUAAUGAGUCAAGUAAAUAUAAACCCUAAUUUUAUAUAUGGUGCAGCAGCAGCAGCAGCUAACGAUAAUAUAUUCGCAAAUAAUAUUAAUCAAAAUAUGAAUGAUUAUAAUAAUAAAGGAAAAGAAAAUAAAAAUAAUGAAGAUGACAAUAAUGACAAAGAAACAAAUAUAAAAAAAGAUGAAGAGAAAAAACAAAAGAUUAGAAAUUCACACAAUGAUACAAAGAAUAAUGAUGAUACUUAUUUAGAUAUAGAUCAAAAGAAAGAUAGAGAAAAAAAAGGAAAAGGGAAAAUAAAUGAAAAAGAAGAUGAAGAAAAAAAUAGAGAGAGAAAAAAAAUGAUGGAUAAUAAAAUGGAAAAAGAAGAAUACGAAGAUUUUAAAGGUAGAAUAUAUAAAGAUAAAAAAGAAGAGAAAGAAGUAACAAAAAAGAAAAAAAGGAAAAAUAUAAAUGACGAAAAAAAAAAAUAUAAAAACAAAAAUAAAGAGGAAAAUACAGAAUGCAAUUUUAAUGAUUUUGAAAGUAGUUCAGAUAAUGAAUCACAUAGUAGUAAUUCAGGUCUUUCAGAAAGUGAUGAUACUGAAGAAAUAAAGGAAGAAAAGAAGAAAUAUGGAAAGAAAAUAAAAAAAAAAAGAACUAAGAAUAAAUAUAAAAAAAAGAAAUAUUAUGAUUAUAGUAGCUAUACAUCUGAUGAUGAGCCAUUUAAAAAAGAUGAAAGAAUAAGAAAACAAAACGGAAAUACAUUUGAAGAAAGUUAUUAUUAUCCGCCUAAUUAUUUUUACAACAGCAAUAUAAGAAACGAUAAUAAUAACAAUUAUAUUUUAAAAAAAAAAAAUGAUUUCAAUAAAUAUCCUUAUCCUUUUAUACCUAAUACAUUAAAAGGUUCAUAUAAUGAAAAACAACAAUACACUCAUCGGGAUGAUUUCAAUGAAAUGUAUGAAAAUAUAAAUGAUGAUAAAGUAGAUAAUUUUUUAAGAAAAAGAGACAGAAAAAAAAAAAUGUUUAAUGAUUAUAAAAAAAAUAUGUUAAAUUCUUCAAAAAGGAAUACUAAUAAUAUUGUAGAUAUUAAUAACAAUAUUUCCAAUAAAAAUGCUCAUAAUUGCAAGAGUAUGUCAAGAAUGUCUAGUAUAAUAAAAAAUUCUAAUGAAUGCAUUUCUGCUAGUAAAGAUGAUUAUUAUUAUACUAAAAACAAUUACCCAAAUAUAGUUCCUCUUAGUGAUACAGAAAGAGAUAGUGAAAUAAUUAGAAAUGAUUCAUUUAGAACAAAUUCUAGAAUAGCCAUUAAUGAGCCUGCUGCCUUAUCAUCUAACAAUUCUGCAGUCGGAAAUAUGAGAUCUAUUCAAAUGACUAGUAAUAGAAGAAAUAGUACAUUAAGAAGAAGUGAACCAAAAUGUUUAAAUGAUUUAAAUAAUCCAGAAUAUAAAAAUGUUGAAAUUAAUAUUCCUUGGAGAGUUAUUGAACAGUUAUUAGUUUUAUUAGAAGAAGAGACUGGAUAUAGAAGACCUGAUUUAUCUUCGUAUAUUCAUUCCUACUACAACUCUAAUUCUAUUUAUGUCUUUUUCUAUUUAUUUGUUCAUAUCAAUAAUAUUAUUAAUAGUAUUAUUAUUCAGUUUAACCAUGCCAAUUUUCUUAAUAAUGAUAUAAGUAUGUCUUCAUUUUCAAGAAUAAGUUUAAUAUUGUCAUUAGCCUCUGUUAUAUUCUCAAAAUUAUCAAAUUUCUUUUUUGUUUUUUAUGACAAUUUUUAUUUUCCUAAUUACGGAAAUAAUUAUAGAAAUAGGGAUUCUAUAAAUCAUGAAUUCUUAAGGGAAAUAAGAAACUUAUAUUACAGUAAUAAUAGAAAUAAUAAUAUUAAUAACAAUAGAUUUUAUCAUACCAAUCAUUACAACAAUAACACACAAAUGAAUAUGGACGCCUAUAAUCAAAAUUCCUUUCCUUAUCCAAAUAAUGUUAAUAAUAAUUAUUAUCCACUUCCUUAUGAUAUGAGAAAUAAUUGCUGUAGUAAGACAAAUUUACAACAAGAAUUUGAAGAUUAUUAUAAAAAUUAUUUACCAUUUGUGAAGGAUGGCAAAAGCAUGAUUUUAAGAAAAGAUAAUUUAAAUAAUAAAGAAAAUAAUAUUAAUCAAAAUAAUUUUGCAAAAGAAGAUAAUAAUAAUAAUAGUAAAAUAAGCUCAGGGAAUAAAUUUUGUGAUAAAUCAUUAAUUGAAAGCGGAAUUAAUAAUAUUUUUUUAAAAAACGAUAGAAUAAAAGAGAAUAAUGGAUCUAAUAAUAAUUCAUUUCUUCAUUUUUCUAAUAAAAAUAAAUCAGCAUUAAAUACUUAUAAAAAAAAAAGAAAUGAUGAAAAAGAAAAAGAAAAGAAAAAACAUCAUAAUUGUUAUAAUGAGAAAUAUUUAUUUAAAGAUAUUGAUUCUUACAAAAGUGAUAGUAAAGGAAGUGAUAGUGAUAGUGAUAGUAAUCAUAAAAAUAAAAAAAAUAAUAUUUCCAGUGAUUUUAAUUCAAAUGCACUAAACAUCAAAGAAAAAAAAGAAAGCAUCAUGAACAAAUUUGAAAGUAGCUUAAAAAGUACAUAUGAUGACAAAAUAAAUGAAAAAAAAGAUAAUAAAAAUGUUCAUAAUGAAAAUAAUUUUAAUGAUAUAGAAAAAGUAAAUGAUAAGAAUGCAUUAAAUACUAUAUUAAAUAAUAAUUUAAUUUUCUAUGAUAGUAAUAUCGACGAUAUAUAUGAUGUUUCAGAAGAUGGAAAAGAAAAAGGUUUAUUAGUAGAAAAGGAAGAAGAAACAAAAAAAAUUAGCAAUACAGAUACUGUAAAAAAGGAAAAAUUAAAUGAUAAUGUGAUAGAAAAAAAAACAGAAGUAUCUUCUGAAAAUAAUAAAAUAAAAAAUGUUAACAAUAUUUCUCCAAAAACUGUUGUAAGCAAUCAGAAUGAUAAUAAUAUGGCUAAUAAUGAUAACAAAAAAAACCCAAAUAAGCCUUCCAUACCAAAUUUCAAUUUAUCAAAUAUUCUAAAUAGUGUUCAAGGUCAAAUGGAUAAUAUAGCAAAAGAUGCAAAUGCAAAUGCAAAUGAUAAUUUUGAGGGAGUACCUGAUGAAGUAAAAGAAAGAUAUAAAAAUUGGGUGGAAAAUUCUCAAAUAUUUUCAGGACAAAUGAUAAAAAUUUGCAAGAACAAAAGACCCUUAAGUAAUGCUUAUAUUGGAGGAAAUUCGUCAAAAGAUGAUAUAUCUUACAGCAAUUUAUUACAAUUUAUAUGGAAAAGAAACAUGAGCACUUUAAAUGUUAAUUUAAACUUGGAAGUUACUGAAGAGUUACUAAAUUCUUUUGAUUUUCAUACAUUAGAAUUUAUAAUGAAAUCAAUUAGAAAUAAUGAAGAUUAUAAAACAGAGAAAUUUAAAUAUCCAAGUAAAGAAAAUAAAAAAAAAGUCGAUUGA